AUGGCGAAUAAAACAACAUCUUUAUACUUAGGAAAUGUUGAAAUAUUCGAUUCCGAAGAACAAGCAAUUGAUGAAAUUUAUGAUGCCAUUGGAUAUAAGCCAAUAAACAUACGUUUUAUGAGAGAUCCAGCAUCCGGAAAUCAACUUAACUAUGGCUUUAUUAAAUUUAAGAAUGCAUCAGAAGCAACAGAGGCCAUGAGACUCUUGAAAGGCUCAUUGAUGAGGAGAAGGCCAGGAGUUCGUUGGAAUGUAAAUUGGGGAACAGAUAAAAACGAAUCCACAGAUGCAGACAGUCUUGUUAAAGCCGAAGGAUAUUCCGUAUACGUCGGAAAUAUUCCAAAUACCAUUGAUGAUAACGCGUUGCUUGACUUUUUCAGAAAUUACAUUCCCUCAGCGAUCAAUGCACGUAUUGUUUAUGCCAAUGGAGUUCAUAAAGGCUUUGGCUUUGUUAAAUUCUCAACUUACCAAGAAUGCUUAAGCGCAAUUGAAAA